AUGCUCUCCAGAAUUCUUACUAGACACUUCUCCCUUUGGGCUGGCGUUCCCAAGGCUCCCCCUGAUCCAGUUUUAGGUGUUGCUGAAGCCUUCAAGAAAGACCCUGCUACUAAUAAGGUUAACCUCUCUGUUGGUGCUUAUAGAGAUGAUAAUGGCAAGCCCGUUGUUUUAGAAUGUGUUAGAAAAGCUCAAUAAAUCGUCAUUGAGAAGAAUCUUGAUAACGAAUAUUUACCUAUCUAAGGUAAUGAUGUAUUCACUCAUGCUGCUUUGAAGUUAGGUUACGGUGAUGCUUUUUACAGUUCUAACAAAGAUAGAUUAGCUGGUGUUCAAGUUCUUUCAGGAACUGGUGCUUUGAGAACAGGUUUUGAUUUCUUAAAGAAGUUCUUGCCUGCUGAAACUACUGUCUACGUUCCUAAUCCUACCUGGCCUAAUCACAACAAUAUUGCUCGUGAUGCUGGCUUUAAGGUUGAAUUUUACACCUACUAUGAUCCUGCUACCAAGUCUGUUAACUUCUCAAAGCUUUUAGAUGAAGCUAAAACUUUUAAGAAUGGUUCUGUUUUCAUUUUACACGCUUGUGCUCACAAUCCUACUGGCUGCGAUCUCUCAAUCAAUCAAUGGAAAGAACUUAGAGACGUUUUCCUCAAGAAGAACCACAUUGCCUUCAUGGAUAUGGCCUAUCAAGGUUUCACCAGUGGUGAUUGUUAAAAGGAUUCUGAAGCUGUUAGACUCUUUGCUGAUUCUAAUGUUAACAUGCUUUUGGGCUAAUCCUUCGCUAAGUCUAUGGGUCUCUAUGGAUAAAGAAUAGGUUCAUUAUCCGUUUUGACUCAAAACGCUAACGAAGCCUAAAACGUUCUUUCAUAAUUAAAGUAAGUCAUUCGUCCUAAUAUUUCUUCUCCUCCUCUUCACGGUGCUAGAAUUGCUGAAAUUAUUUUGACUAAUCCUGAACUCUUACAACUUUGGUACAGAGAAGUUAAGAUUAUGGCCGACAGAAUCGCUUAAAUGAGAGUUCAAUUAGUUAAGAAUUUAAAGGAUGUUGGUUCUCAACACGAUUGGAGCCAUAUCACUAACCAACGUGGUAUGUUUGCUUACACUGGUGUCAAUAAAUAAUAAGUCGAAAGUUUAAUCAACGACUACCACAUCUAUUUGGUUGGAUCUGGUAGAAUCAGUAUUGCUGGUUUAAACACCAAGAACGUUGGUUAUGUUGCUGAAGCCUUCCACAAUGUAACUAAAAAUUCUAAAGUCUGA